AUGCCCAAUUUAAUUAAAACAGUGGACUGUCCUUCAUUCAAUCAAAAGAAGCAAAGGGGCAUUCAUGAUUCAAAAGGUGAAAAGAGUAGUAAUAAUAAAAGCCCAGAGAAAACGACAACGCCACCAAGAUUGGUUCAAUUAAAAACAAAUGAGAGAAAGAAAAAUGAACAAACAUAUGAUGACCUUGAGGAAAUCAGUGACUGUGAACUUGGAGAGGAGAGUGAAAAAGAGAAAGCAAAGUAUGAAAGCAGCUCAUCUUCAGAUACUUCCGACAGUUCAGAAAGUUCUGAUAGUUCUGAGUCUGCGUCUGAGUCUGACAGUGAAAGUCAGAAAAGAAAGAAAAAGUUAGGCAACUCGAAACAACAGAAGAAAGCUAAGGUGUCGAAAGUAAUGAGUAGCGACGAAAGUUCUAGGGAAGAUGACAGUGAAAAUGGAACGCAUGAGUCAGUGGAACAACAAACAAAGGAAAUUCAAGUACAAAAAGAGAACACUAGAAAUAAAAGCCCAGACCAAAAGGAAAUAAAACAAAAUGAAAGCAUUGUAGAAAAGGAAACUACAGAAAACAAGGAUCAAACACAGCAGGAAGUUAGUGAGGAUCUGCAGAUUCUCAAAGAGGGACAGCAUGACCGUGUCACACUAAAUAUUGGUGGUAAACUGUUUGAAACAACUAGGAGAACACUAAAUAGUGAGUCAUUCUGUUUGUUAGCUAGAUACUGUCAAGGUGAAUCUGUUCAUGGUCAGUAUUUUGUAGACAGAGACCCCACCCACUUUAUUCAUAUUCUGAAUUAUUUAAGGAAUGGUGUAGCGGACAUUAGGACCUUACCCAAUGAUAUCAGAAGCCUACAUGAACUCUUCUAUGAAGCUAAAUUUUAUGUACUGCCUCAACUUAUGACAGCCCUUGCAACCAAAAUAGAACAACUAACCGUAUAUCCAUCAGCCGUGCCUAGAAUUCGAAUAUGGACUUGUGCAGUGUUUUUGAGUUUAAAUACAUCUAAGAAGAUAUGUGCUUGA